AUGCUUAUUCAGUAUUCAGUUAUUGUUAUAGAAGUAGGCUUAGAGAAUGUUGUUAGAUACUUGAAGAAAAUGGAUAUCAAACCGCCGAGAAAGUUUAGUUUUGAAGGAAAUGUGCAGGAAAAUUUCACAAAAUUUAUACGCCAAUUUGAAGUUUAUAUGUUGGCAAGUGGUGGAAGCCUAAAAGGGGAUCCAGUAAAAAUUGCCAUACUCCUUAAUGUGUUGGGAGAAGAGGGUAUUGAAAUAUACAGUAACUUUGAGUUGACAGACGCACAGAAGAAAGUAUAUAAAACGGUCGUGGAAGAGUUUAUGAAGUAUGUUAAUCCUAGGAAAAGCAUAGUUUAUGAAAGAUUCUUGUUUUACAAUCGAAAACAAGAGUGUGGUGAAUCUUUCGAUCAUUUUGUGAAUGAUUUGAGGACUGCAGUUAAGAGAUGUGAAUUCAAAGACUCCGAAGAAAUGCUACGAUAUAGGAUAAUCUUUGGAAUAUCUGACAAAGAAGUACAGCAGAAGUUGAUUGUUAAAGGAAGUGUCACCCUGGCAGAUGUUGUCACUAUGUGUAGAACAAAUGAAGCAGCCAAGGGCUAUAUACAGACGGUGCAGACAGAAGGAGCGAAAGCUGUGGAAGCACUCCAGAAGAAGAACGCAAGUUCAGCAACUUAUAAGAAGAAACAGCAAGACGAUAGUCAGAAGAAACAAGAAACAGUAACGAGAUUUUUGUGUACCAGGUGUAAAACAAAGCAUUGUGUUCGUAAUUGUCCUGCCUUUGGAAAGAAGUGUCACCGGUGUGGUAAAAUGAAUCACUUUAAAAUUUGUUGUAGAGUUAAGGAAGUUAGAGAAGUUAAGAAUGACGAAUUCACUGCUAGUGGUUCAGAAGCAACGCUUAUGGUGGAAGGCAUUAAGAAAUAUUGUUCGGGUGUUAACACUGUUGGUAAAGCGUGGUAUGAAGAUGUAAAAUUGUACGGUUCUGUUGUGAAAAUGAAAUUAGAUACUGGGGCGGAGGUUAACACAAUUCCAGAAAAGUUAGUGAGGCAACUCAAGUGUAUGAAUAAGAUAGUCAGGGACACAAAAAUGUUGUUAGAGUCAUGGGGAGGAUAUAAAAUUAAGCCUUUAGGAUUUAUUGACUUGGACUGUACUGUUAAAGUCGCAAUUAAAGAAUCUUGCAACAACUCCAAGUCGUGCUCUUCUGACAUCAAUUCCGUUGUUACACCAGUGCAUGAAAAACCGGGCAAACCUGAAGGUCUAAAAUUGACUACCACCAAACCUAGCCCUCCCAAGAAAAGGAAGAGUAUAGCAGCUUGCGAGGAAUAUGGCCAGCCUUAUGAAGAUCACAGGUUUAGAAAUACACAUUACAACCCAUCGAAGGAAACACAGCAAGUGCAAACCGAAAAUUGUAUUACGCACAUAAGCCACCUGCUAGCGACGUUAAAAUAUGUGGAUACAACACAAAGUAAAAAACCACGAGCUAGGAAACUCUUGUGGACACCAGCGGAAAUAUCUGACGAUAAAAUAUUAAGCAAUACUAAACAGAUAAUGGAGACAAUAGACAAAAAAAAAUUAGAGAACCUCAAAGAGAAAAUGAAAUUUUUUGUAAGCAAAGGAAAAGUAUCCUACGCACCUAAUAUCGAAAAGAUGAUCAAUGAUUGCUUUUCGUACCUGAAAAGUAGCUUCAAGAAACUAAAAUUUUUAACUCCAGAAUUUCCACACCUGUCAGCUUUAGCGGUUAACACUAGUAACAACAGAUAUGAAUUUGUGUGCGGUGGAUCUCUGAUUUCGAGCAAAUUCGUAAUCACAGCAGCACAUUGUGUAAAGCCCUCCAAACCAGAUUUUGUUAGAAUGGGCAUUACAUUUAUACCCGAUUUCGUUGAAGAAUUCGACCCAAAUUUUGACUACAAAGUGAAAGAAAUUAUUCCAUAUCCAAAUGACAAUAAAAUCCACGACAUAGCUUUAAUUGGACUUAUAGAGCACGUCACUUUUAGCAAAAUAGUUAAACCAGCUUGUCUUCAUACACAAGAACAACUUCCUAAUAAUUUGAUCAUAACGGGAUGGGGUAUGCGAAGGCUAAAUGAGGGACGAUCCAAAUAUCUAUUGAAGAAAGAGGUACAACUAGUUUCUGCCGAAGACUGCCUUAAAAAUUAUGCAGAUAACGCCGGUACUUCUCAAAUUUGUGUUAUAAGUCAAACAGGAAGUAGUUGCAUGGGUGACUCGGGAUCUCCACUUCAAAUAGAACAAGAAGCCAAAUUCGUUAUAGUUGGAGUAACUUCCAAUGGAAAAAAUUGUGCAACCGCAACUCCUAGUCGUUACAUUAAUAUAUUUUAUUAUUUAGAGUGGAUCGAAUCUGUUGUUUGGCCUGACAAUUUUGGCUAGUAAAUAUAUAAUAAGCCUCAAAUUUUGCUAUUAAAAGACUAGUCACUGCACGCACUACCUAGAAGGAACUCUCAUUCUCUUUUGCAAGCAGAUAUUUAUUGAAUUUCGUUAUUUAUUUGUUUAUUUAUUUCUUAUUAUAUAAGUUUUAUUUAAGUUACCAUUGGUAUCGGCAGU